GCUAGGGAACUCUUAGGGAAGUCUGAAUUCGCUGACAUUGUUCGUCCUCAUUUUCUUCGUUUUUUUUAAUCCGUUGACCUGCCAGAUGAGGCAGUUGUUACAGUAUGCGGACACAUAUUCUGUAGGCAAUGCGUGUUUGAGCAGAUGAACAAUGAAGAGGCUUCUGGCACUUCUUCACCGUAUGCAUGCCCAACAUGUUCGACACCAUUGACACGGAAGGAUGUACAUACGUCUGCUGCACUGCGCGACUGCUGCAGUCCACCUGGCGAAACCGAGCAGCCAGAGUCAGGUGAUGGUGCAGACGGCGUUGGGAGCGACAAUAAGGGAACUAGUUCUUGGGCCAUGUCGUCCAAGAUCAAUGCUGUCAUGGACACGCUGAUGAAGUUGCCGAAGCUGGCAGCAGAGCCCAAUCAUUCCAGCAGCAGUUCGUUGGACGGAAAGGCAAUCGUCCAUGCGAGUAGCGAGGACAAUGACGACAGCCAAGAGUUGGCUACAAACAGCAUCACCGGGCUGGGUGAAGAAGGGAAGAAGAGCAUUGUGUUGCAUAAUGUGAAAAGUACGGAGGCACGAGAGAAAGCACUUGUUUUCUCUCAGUGGACGAGCAUGCUAGACUUGUUGGAGGUGCAUCUGAAGGAACGUGGGUUGAACUUUCGGAGACUGGAUGGAACGAUGUCAGUGGCAGCGAGGGACCGUGCUGUUAUGGAAUUUAAGACACAGCCAGAGGUGACAGUGAUGCUUAUGUCGUUGAAGGCGGCAUCACUCGGGCUGAAUUUGGUUGCCGCAUGCCAUGUGUUGCUGACGGACAUUUGGUGGAAUCCUACAACAGAGGAUCAGGCAAUUGACAGAUCACAUCGCAUUGGUCAACUUCGGCCGGUUAACGUGUCGCGGUUCACAGUCAAGAACACCAUUGAAGACCGGAUACUUGCUUUACAGGAAAAGAAACGGCAGAUGGUUGCUUCAGCCUUUGGGGAGACAUGCCAGUCAGCUGAGAGGAGCCGCUUAACGCUUGAGGAUCUUCAUUUUCUUUUCCGCACACGAUUUCAUGGUGGCGCCUAGCUUUUCGCCAAUUUCUAGGCUUGCUUCUCAAAGGGCGAAUCGCAGAAGUUUGAAUCUUAAACCACCAGCACACCCGGGCCUGGAGGCGCUGCACUGCGCACCAAGCCUUUCCGAACCGCCAAUGACGCACUUUUUUCUUUUUUCGGCUGGCGCUGCCAGCGAUUGUGGUUCGAUAGCCCCGAGCCCCAAAACGUUUGGAGUUGGCGACUCGCAACUUCUGCGAGGCUGCGGCUGUGUACUGGUGUUUAAAACCGAUGGAUGAUGGGCGCCUUCCGAAGGCCGAAGGCCAAUUUCACUGACUAGUGCUCGGCUUUCCUUCUCACGUAAGAAGCACACGCCAACGCCCGGGGUGGUUGUGGUGCGGUCUCAAGAGUGCCGUGUGUGUGAGAAAUCAAGCAACGGCCCAGGCCACUGGACGAGACAUUUGGUGAUGUACUGUCACAGGAAGCGUCUGGGGCUUACUUCAAGAUUGGAAAAUCAAGUUAUCUGCACCGGUCUUCUGAGGUGCAACAUCAACGGAUAUAGAAUUUUGACUUUGACUUCCCCCCUUUGUAGAGCGGGAGUCGGCGCCACCGGACCAAUUUCACUGACUAGU